AUGAUAAAAUACAGCCCUAAAAACAGCAAUUAUAGUGAUAUUAUCGGAUUAAAUUUAACUCAAAGCCUAUUUAAAAUAAUGUUUAAGGGAGACAAAAAAGCGUUUAUUCUACAAAUAAGUGGAAAUAUUUUUGAAAGUGAAGAGAAUAAUGUCAAUAUAUGAAACUUGAUAGGUAGUAAUAAUAUUGCAAGAAAUUAUUAUCCUACAACUUAUGUAAUGGAAUAUCAUGGUUGCAAAUAUAUGAUCCUCAACAAAAAUCAGCUCUGGGAAUUUAAUCUUUCAACAAAGCAAUUAAGACUAGUUAACACUUAUAGUUAA